AUGCGGCUGCUGCUGCUGCUGGCGCUGCGGGCGCAGCCCUCGGCCGCCUGCAACAAGGCGCUCUGCGCCAGCGACGUCAGCAAGUGCCUCAUACAGGAGCUGUGCCAGUGCCGCCCGGGCGAAGGGAACUGCUCCUGCUGCAAGGAGUGCAUGCUGUGCCUGGGCACGCUCUGGGACGAGUGCUGCGACUGCGUGGGCAUGUGCAACCCUCGCAAUUACAGCGAUACACCUCCCACGUCCAAGAGCACUGUAGAGGAGUUGCACGAGCCAAUUCCUUCGCUUUUCCGGGCACUCACAGAAGGGGAUACUCAGCUGAACUGGAAUAUUGUGUCCUUCCCUGUAGCAGAAGAGCUAUCACACCACGAGAAUCUCGUAUCCUUUCUGGAAACAGUGAACCAGCCGCAGCACCAGAACGUCUCCGUCCCGAGCAACAAUGUCCAUGCACCUUACUCUAGUGACAAAGAGCACAUGUGCACCGUGGUGUAUUUCGACGACUGCAUGUCGAUACAUCAGUGCAAGAUCUCCUGCGAGUCCAUGGGAGCAUCCAAGUACCGAUGGUUUCACAACGCCUGCUGCGAGUGUAUCGGGCCGGAGUGCAUCGACUACGGCAGCAAAACUGUAAAAUGCAUGAACUGCAUGUUUUGAAGCAGGAUAACUGUAAUACAGAGGCCAAAGUAUUCUCUCUCAGCUAAAGAGAUGGGGAUUGGAAAUACUGCGUUCUGCUGGAAUACCUGCUGGUUGCAGUUAAAUGUAGUUGGCUUGAGAAAAGAUGUAUAAAAUUCAAAAUCUUUUUUUUUUUUCCUUUUUUUUUUAAUUUCUUGUAAACCAGGCUAAGUAGUUGAGUUUCAACCAUUAUGUCUAAGUUUUUCUUUAUUUCUGCUCAAAAGGUACGGCCAGGCUCAUACUCGCUGUCCUGAUUGUUUAGCUUUGAUUGGAAUGUAUUGGCUAUACUGUAUAUCUAGUAGGUAGAAACYUUAGAGUAGGGAAACCUUAAUAAUAUGGUAAUAAGAUUCCCACCUCCUAAGUCUGACGAGUAAUCAAGUAGAUGCUGUUGGAUUGGGGGGAAGGGAACAGGGGUUAUUUUUUGCUUUUAUUACCUUCCAUUCUUAGCUUUCUGUUGUGAAAAGGGUAUUUGGGGAAAGAAGAAUUCUUUUAACUCAUUCCCUCUCUUCAAGUUCAAAUCAUGGGCUGUCAUGGAUAAAAUCCUACCUUCUUAGAAGGGUGGCCCAACAAAACGCUGCGUAUGAAACACUUUCCCCCCAAAUCCCAUCUGUCCCAUGCUCCUAAGAACAUUUAAUGCAUUAUUGCAUUCAGAAAUGCUUCUCAAUCUUAAAUGCAAAAACAAAACUUCUAAGAACAGUCGCACCCCUCUCCUUUUGCACUUUCUCUAGAGUCACUUAAUCCCCAAACAUUCAGUCCAGUAAAGGAAACAUGAAAGGUCAUUAUGAAUUAAAAGAAGAAUGAAACAUGACCUAGYGAGUGCCACAGGGCCCUCGGGUGAGCAGCUGGUAGCAGGCCCCUGUCACAUGCAGCAGUUUGCUGGGAAUAUUUAUUCCAAAACCUACUUCUGGUUUUUUCCGCCUGUGGAGUCGCUGACGAAGGGAAGAUGUGUCUGGAGAAGCAAACAAGGAUGCUCCAAGGAGAUUGUCCUGUCUGUUUUGCUCAGUAAAGUUGUAACGUGCUGGCUGUUACAGGGCAGUUAAUAUGACCCCAUUAGGUCGCUACUGAUAAUGGUACUAAAUAUAAAGUAGGAAUAGUUAAUGAUCAGCUUUUGGUAUUUAUAAUAAUGUUGGGUUUAGYGCCUUAAUUUUUUUAUACCUAUUUAUGUGUCAUUUACAAAAACUGUUGAUUAUUCAUGUUUUUGCCACUGGCCGCAGCCUGGGCAGACCAAACUGCCUUUGCACACAUCUGUCGGGCGCAGAUGCACGCAGGCAUUUUAAACUUGUUUAAUUCCCCUUUGUGAAAUAUUGAUGCUCGGUCUCAUUUCUCCAGUCUCUCUUUUUCAGCUGUACGGAAGAACUUGAAAAAUGAUUGCCUGCUGUUCUGUUGUUUGACAAUAUCUUCUGUUAUCUUUUAUUCUACAURAGUUUCUUUAAAAUGACUGGAGAGGAAGGACGUGUCAGAGUAGCYUUGGCUACCUGCUUUUAGCUGGAGGAGGGGAGGCAUCAUUUUUCAUCAAAAUAGACCACAUACAGUAAGUGUGCCUGCAGAUCAUGCCUAAGAUUUUACAAUGACAGACUACUUGAAACAGCUAAAAAAA